CUCAAAUUUCUCUUCCGCCUGGUGGUGACACCUUUGUUGUUCUCCCUGGAACAGAUGUGACAAUAGCGUGGACACUUAAUGUCCGUGUAUCUGACUUAGAUGUCCGAACGUGGAAAUUCCUACCAAAGGGCAGCGAUACUUUUGCCGAAAUCAUAAGUGAUGGCAAUGUGGAGAACAACACCCAAUACUCACCUGGGCCAUUUACAAUAAGAAAGCCUUCAACACUGAUUUUAAAGGACGUUAAUAUCCAGUAUAAUGGUACAUACAGAUUUAGCAUUGUUGCAAAGGGUCGAUCCAGUAAAUCUGAUGUUCAUGUGUUUGUUGUUAUAAUUACAGCAGGUAGGUGUCGAGUUUGUCGAUUAACCGAGUCAAAUCCGAGCCGGCCGAGUCAAAUGUCCGAGUCAUUGUUUAAUCAAUGGUCUUUGCAGUUCAAUGACUUGGUACCCACCUCCUAACCAUCAUCCCACUCCUAACCUACCCUAACCUACCUUGGUUCCAGACCCUAACCCUAUUCAACUGUGAAUUUUAUUCAAUUUCGGAGUUUGUCGGUAACUGACUGACCCAAAUCCGAGUUCGAGUCAAAUGUCCGAGUCACUGUUUAACUGUCUUUGUCGAUAAAAUGACUUAGUACCCUUACCCUGAAUUUUCUUCACUUUCGUCCUUUUUUUACGCGACUCGGGCAUUUGACUCGGGCUCGGGACUGACUCGGACUCGGAUUAGACUCGGUAAAUGGAUUUACUCGGUAGGUGCACUGGUGUCAUUUGUAUAAUAUUCUAUACCUCGUUACCCUAUUUUUCACCACAAGAUUUCGCACAAUUUUCAGGCAUUAAUAAAUUGCUUUAUUCUGAUUGGUUCAGACAACUACAAUGGACAUUGCCACACAAUUAAACUGCGUGGAUAGUGUUUGGACUUAUUUGACUAUUUUGACUGGCCGGUUGCAAAAGUUUGGAUAGAGAUGCAGGAAGGCCUAUUAUUACGGGAACCACUGAGUAUUUUAAUAAAAUAUAAAACAACGGUGAAUAAAAAUUGAUAUUCUAGCUUUCGACUAAGGUUCAGUCAUCAGGAAUCAAUCAAUCAAAUUCCUGAUGAUGACUGAAUCUUAGUCGAAAGCUAGAAUAUUAAAAUGUUUAUUUUCGGAGUUACCGUUGCUUUAUAUUUUAAGGCCUAUUAUCCAUAUUAUCCAUAAAAGAAUAGAAUUCAACAUGGAAACAAAUUACAAAAUACAAAUCCCAGCAAAAACGGUGGUCUAAAAUAAAUCAUGUAUGGGUGGCGACGCCUUUGUUAUUCUCCCAGGACAAAAUGUGACUAUAGCGUGGAUGUCAGUGUAUCUGACGUAACUAAAUUUUUGAGCGUGAACUUUCAUUCCUAUAAGGCAUAUGUUUUGCUCAAAUUGUUGGAGAUGGGAAGGUGGAUUUAAAGGUUUUAUUGGCAACUCACUCGAUUCAAUAGUUGAAAGGUGUUAUUGAUGGAUCUAUAUAAAUAAAUUUAUAUUUAUACCCAGCCUAUAACGGUUAACGGCAUCAAUUGAUAUAUGGCAAGACUUUGGAACCGUUGGGCAGUUAUUGCUUAGAUAUAAACUGUAGAAUAAUAUUUUUAAAAUUGAUAAUUGAAAUUUUCCUAUAUGACCAUAAAAUAUAAAUACAUGCAUACAGUGCGACCGUUUAACUGACUAUAAAAGAUUAGAGGAUAAAUAGCUAACGAUUCAAAUGAAACUGAAAGAUUUAGCCAGGAAAUUUAUCCGGGAAUAUUAAGUUAGCCCAAAUAGGAUUCUUUCUAUAAUCUAAGUUAACCAGGGAAAAUUUAACCAGAGUGCUUUUAGAGUGUAUAUAUAUAUAUAUAUAUAUAUAUAUAUAUAUAUAUAUAUAUAUAUAUAUAUAUAUAUAUAUAUAUAUAUAUAUAUAUAUAUAUAUAUAUAUAUAUAUAUAUAUAUAUAUAUAUAUAUAUAUAUAUGUAUUAUAAUAUUAUUAUUAUAGGGUUGUUAUUCACAAAUUAAUGACGUUUUGUUUCUUCGCAGCUAAAGCUAACGUUACAGGAAUUACGUUUGAACCAAACCCAGCUGUAGUUGGUGAAGAAGUCAACAUAACAUGUGAUGAAUCUACGGGUGUUCCUGAGCCAAGUUAUACCAUAAACCAUAAUGGCAAACAGGUCAGCAAUAACAAGACGCUAGUGAUAUCUGAAGUAAAGCAGAGUGAUGAAGGACCAUAUACAUGCGUUGCACAGAAUAAACUUGGCAAUGACUCAGCUACCGCUAAUUUGACCAUCGUAGGUAAGAUUAAAUUUUACGUUUUUUCGCCCAUUCUAUCACUGGGGUAAAACACACGUGGG